AUGGGCGCGGCAAUCAAGGACCCCGUGGAGAAGAGCGGAGGGGAUCCCGUACAAGCCGUGAAGCAGUUGCUCAGGACAGUCGUCCGUAUGUUCUACGAGACCGAGCACAUCGUCAUUAUGGACGCGCUCUGCUAUCACGGCGCGCUGCCCGUGGCCGACAUGACCAUUAUCCUCGACGCAGGCAAGAACUCGAAACAUGUCAGCAAGGUUGCGGGUAAGCUUCGGGAGGCAGGGCUGUGUUCAUCCUACACUCAGCAUGUCCUGCGCCAGGGUGCAAACAAGGCAUCAAGCAGAGAGUUCUUUUACAUUGACUGGCGCCGCGCCGUCGACUCUGUCAAGUACAAGAUUCACAAGAUUGAUGAGGGCAUCAAGAGGGACGCGAAACCCACUACCGAGAAACCCGAGUUCAAAUGCCUGAGAUGCAAAUCCACAUACACGACCAUGCAGGCGCUUGAUCACCCCGAUACGAACCCUGGGCCAGACGACAGCGGCUUCAUCUGCGCGAGAUGCGGAUUCCGAUUAGACGAGAUCGACCAAGAUAUUCAAGCGGACGACGUCGACGACACCCCAGCCAAGUUCAAUAAGCUGUUUGGCCCGCUGAUCGAGAUGAUGUCAAAGAUUCAGGACAUGGGCAACCUUCCAGCGUUGGAACCGCCAGACAUUAUCAGCGAAAGGAUCGAGCUUCCUCGAGAUAGGAAUGUCGACCCUGGUACGCAGGUCGAGGUUAUCGAGACGACGGCCUCACGCCCAACCGCCGUCAAAGGCAUUGACACAGGCCCAGAGAAGAUCAAUGUGCAGAUAGGCUCGAGCGCAGAGCAAAACGAGAAGCAGCGAGCGGCAGACCGGGCUCGUCAAGAGAAGAUAUCCAUGCAGAACCAGCUUCCCACUUGGCAUACAAAAUCAACUGUCAUCAAAGAUGCGGCAGGGAAUACGACCACUGUAAAGCAAGAGGCAGACGGGAUCGACAAUGCCAGUAUCAAGACGGAGGCAGGGGAUACAAUGGGCACCAAUCAGAACCUUGAUGCAGUCUUCGCCCAGAUCGAAGCCGAACGCCGCAGGAAGGAGCAAGAGGACGACGACGAGGACGACGAGGAUGACGAUGAGGACGAGUUUGAAGAUGUCGAUGUGGGCACGCCCGGUGCUCUACCGGAAGCGAAGCGUGUCAAGCUGGAAUCGUCCGCCGCUCCAACUCCUUCCGCCGCUGCCACACCAGCAGCAGCAACCCCAGCCGCAUCCAACGGCGGCGAUGAAAGCGAAGAGGAUGAAUUCGAGGAUGUAAACUGA